AAAAGCAGGACCUUAGCUUAAACACAUUCAAUGUAAAGGAUAUUAGGAAACCAAACACAUGCGGAUAUAUUUACCAAAGCUUGUACUGACUGCCAUACUAUAAACAUAUUACAAUAUACGUAUUGAAAAGAUAUACACGGAUAUUAAAUAGAAUGAAGCGAGUGUUUUCCCGACUAGCUUGUGUGAGCGGUCGGACUGACAUAACCAUGAGAGGGUCGUUUAAUGUCGGACUGGAGAAAGAAGUUGACCGAUUUUUGAGGACCGCGACGGCAACCAGACCACAGAUUGAGCUGGAAGAUGGAGGCAAUGGGCGACCCGAGGUGAACAAGAAAAUCGUCGAGAGAUACGUAGUGUAUGACCAGGCCCCGCGGAAUGAACCUGGUGCCUAUCACGUGUAUAAAAUGACCACGCGGAACAGACUGCACGUGAAUCUCGAGGACUUGCCCGUGCAGUUACACAAACCUUUCAUCAAAUUUUAUGUGAAACACUUGACUGAAAAAGGCGAAUACAAUUCAUCAAAUCUGAUUCAGUUCAACAAUAUAUGCGAGGACGUGUUUCGAUACUUUCUAAACAUGCAAAUAAAAAAACUUGGUUAUAGCUCCGUGUUUACAAGAUACAACCACGAACGUGGCUUAGCUCUUUUUGAAACAAAUAGAAAAGAAACAGGAGUUUGACCAAUGUAUGUAUAUUAGAUGGUUUAGAAGUAGAACAAUCUUACAACGUAAAUGAUGCAAUAAGAAAAUAACCACGAGACAACUGCUUUUACUAGCAACGUGUGAUAGGGGUCCCUAGACAGAACCCUGGGAGGACCAUCUCGUCUACAAUAGUUUACACAAUAGAAAGGGCAUUGAUUCUUGUUGCAAGAGUGAUCAACUUAGAAUUGCAAUAUGAUGCAGACAGAGAUAUUAUGCAAGAACUCUUUCGUUAAACUAAGCUUCCAUUAGAUUUAGGUUUAAACCUGUUAUUGUAAUGUAUUUGUUGAAAAAUAUUUUUACAUGAUUUCGUUGUUAUUCUAUGCCAUAAAUACCUUCAAAUAAAUCAGUAUUAUAUGCAUAUAUAUAUAUUUUAACAUUAUGUGUUAGACAUGAUUUGUUUCAUAUGAGACAGUUUACAAUAAAUUGUCACUUUUA